UUCUAUUCGACAACAUUUUUUGUUGAAAAGCAUCUGGAACGAAUUUCGACUCGCUCAGUGCUACGCAAACCGUGCCAACGUGUGGAUUACUUACGCAGUGACAAUACAAUAUUAUAUAUAAAUAUACAACCGAUAAGACUAAAUAUGUCAUACAGCAUAAAUAUUUUCGGCCUGUGCCUGGUGUUAGCUUUGAUGCUGCAAUUUGUUUGUGCGGAUAUCGAGACGAACGAAGUGAAUGACAAUAGCACACCCGAAUAUAUGAUUCAGGGUGUGCGUGUUUACCCCAACGAUCGUCACUGUGUUUUGGUCGGAGGUCUCUGUGUGCACACCAGCGACUGCAAUCUGCCCACCACUAACAAGGGUCUCUGCCCCACCAGCGCCCACCUGGGCGUUGAAUGUUGCUAUGAGUUGCCGGUGAGGCCAGCGCCCUGCGCGCAGCACCUGGGCGCCUGUAUGAGGUCCUGCAAUCCAUCAAUUCAAAGACCCGCAACCGACUGCGAAAACGGAGAAGUUUGCUGUGUUUUGAUGAACAAAUAAAUGCAUUACAAAAUUAUUUGUCAACUGUAGACUAUAGUUAACAAUACUCUUACUUAUAUAUUGUACGAAUUAUUCUUAUAUAAAAUAUAUUUCUACUGUUGUAAUAAAACACACUGUAAAUAUUUAAAAACAA